GCCCCUCCGAGCCCCUCUAGCUCGACUCGCUGCCUGGGAGCAAAAGGGAAGGGGGUUUCUGGGCACCGAUCGGCCUUCAGGGCCUCCCCUCGUCGCUCCGUUUCGGCCCUGCGGGCUGAUGUCUUUCUGGAAGGUUUCUCCCGCAUCCCCCUCCGCAGCCUUCGCCAGCCGACUUCCGGCCGGAUCCGCCAAUCACUGUGCACAUCUGGCAGGAGUGGGUGGGGCCUGAGAAAUUCGAAAAGAGCCCCGCCCCCUGGGAACCGAUUCCUGGGACUAGGCUUUGAGGAAGAAAGCGUUUUGGUGGAAGCUCAGCUCUAAGCUGACCCGCACCAGCUGUCGGGACAUGGAGGAUUCAGACGAAGAUGUCAAAUUUAUCGCGGAUGAGACCUUGGACUUUGGAGGGCUGUCCCCAUCUGACAGUCGUGAGGAGGAAGACAUAGCAGUGUUGGCGACUCCAGAGAAACCACUCCGACGGGGCCUCUCCCAUCGAAGUAACCCAAAUAUGGUGGCCCCUGCUCCCCAGGGUGUGAGGUUCAGCUUAGGCCCGCUCAGCCCAGAGAAGCUGGAGGAGAUCCUUGAUGAGGCCAAUCGCCUGGCAGCCCAGCUGGAGCAGUGUGCCCUGCAGGAGCGGGAGAGCUCAGCAGAGGGCUCAGGGCCUCGCCGAGGGAAGCCCAGCCCUAGGAGGGAGACCUUUGUGCUGAAGGACAGCCCUGUCCGAGAUCUGCUGCCCACUGUGAGCUCUUUGGCCUGGAGCACACCCUCACCAGGCAGCCUUACACCUCGACUCCGGAGCAUCGAGAAGAAGGGGUCAGCCAGGGCUCUUCGGGCAACAUCUGGGAAGAGGCCUUCUUCCACUGUGAGGAGGGAGUCGCCCACUUGCAAUCUGUUGCCUGCAUCCAAAAGCUCAGCACUGUCUCCUCUUAUACGAUCAACUCCUCCACCCCGAUCAACUCCUCCACCCCGAUCAACUCCUCCACCCCGAUCAACUCCUGCAGUUCGCUCCACUCCUCCAGUCCGCUCCACUCUACCACCACGAUCAACUCCGCCACUCCGAUCCACUCCACCACGGGGAAAAACUGGGCCCAGUAUGAGGACAACAGCAAGCCCAUCUACCCCAGUCAGACCAGUCCUGGCCCCACAGUCUUCAACCAGCAACUCUCAACGCCUACCCAGGCCACAGGGAAUAGCUGCUAAGUCUUCCAGUCGACUGCCCAUUCCCUCAGCCAUCCCCAGGCCCUCCAGCCGAAUGCCACUCACCAACCGGAGUGUACCACCUGGCAAAGGUGCCUUACCUCCUGAUUCCCUGUCAACUCGGAAAGGGCUUCCAAGAUCAAGUGCUGCAGGACACAGAGCUCUUUCCCAGCAACCAAAUCAUCCCAUCACUGGUGCCAUUCGUAGCAGUAUGAAGCCUCCCAGGAAAGUUGCAGUCCCUGGGCCUACCAGGUAAAGAGAUUAGGACGACAAGCAGGAGUUCAGUAGCAAGACACUACAGUCACUGCAUGGAUUCAGCUGUACCAGCUGGGCCCAACUCCAGGAUUCUGGCCUAGAACAGAAGAGGAUGACGCUGGGGCCAGUCCCCAGGAAUAGAGACCAUCAGAGUUGGGAUGGAUUUAGGUUGAGCUGGAAGGGACCCAAACUCUCCGAGUUGAAAGAAGAUGAAGGGAAAGAGGUUAUCUCCCAGAAGUGAGAUUAACAAACAGAACGAGAAAUGCAGACAAGUGGCUUUUCCUCCUCCGUCCCUAAUCUUGUGGUCAGCCCUGGAGAGUCUGAUCUUCUUCCCAGGCCUUGGUUCACUGGACACGUCUACACGUGAAUGGCCUCUAUAGCCAGCCGCUGCUCUCUGAGGAGAGUCUUUCUGAAUCACAUCCUGCACUGGACUUGGGCCUGUUUGGAGAGAGGAAGCAGGCACCUGGUCUUCAGAACUUGUUUCCUGUGAAUUCUGUGACUCGUUACAGGCCAGCUGAUGAUAAGCUUACUCUGUCAGUCUGCAUUUUUAUGAAAUAAAGGGAACAUAUUUUUAUAUUUUUUGCAUAUCUGAAAGUGGAUUCUGGUCUAACUUCUAACAAAUUUAGAGUAAACCUCUGUGUAAUUCUAGUGAGAGAGUCAGGAUGGGCCCCCCAGGCAGGGGCUUAAACUGGUCCUAGGCCUUUGGGCUUCCAGCUCAUCAGGCUGGUACUACCCCUCUUGUUGGCGUCUGAUGGGAACAGGCAGCGUUUUCAUGGAUUCAGAUAAUAAGAGAGCCCAGGUCAAAAUCAGGGUAGUUUAAAUCAGUGUGUGAGGCUCUUAUGCUAAGGUCUAUGUAAAUCAUAUCCUAGUGCGGGG